AAUCACCAAAAUCACCAUACCCUUUUACAGUUACAAAACACGAAACACGAUCCUAAAUUUACCAGUUACGAAUCAACAAUCAAUCAACAAUCUAAAAUUCUUCACACAACUUCCAACUUCACAAAAAAAAAAAAAAAAANAAAAAAAAAAAAAAAGAAAAUACGAAAACGAUCCUAA